AUGGAGUCAAAGUUCAAGGUCAUUAUUGUUGGAGGCUCCAUAUCGGGCCUCACCCUCUCUCAUUGUCUGAAUGCCGCCGGAAUCUCCAAUAUCGUUCUUGAAAAGCAUACGGAUAUUACCGCCCAGGUUGGUGCUUCGAUUGGGGUUCUACCAAACGGCGCAAAAAUUCUCGACCAGUUGGGCCUCUUCAGUCGCAUUGAGAAACUGAUUGAACCACUCACGCGUGCUCACAUAGCCUAUCCAGACGGAUAUGUGCUUGCUAGUGACUAUCCAGUCACAGUGAAGGAAAGAUACGGGUAUCCUUUGGCCUUUCUCAGCAGACAAGAACUUAUCGGAGUCCUCUACCACUCUUUUCAGGAUAAUUCACACAUCCGUACGGGCCAACAAGUAGCCAAACUGGAAGAUCUAAAGGAUCGAGUGCGUGUGACUACAAAGUCUGGAGUCACAUAUGAGGGAGAUCUAGUUGUGGGUGCAGAUGGGGUUCACAGUCAAGUGCGGUCGGAGAUGUGGUCUUUCUCGAAUUCCCCUUACCUUGGGAGAAUCUCAUCGCAGGAGCAGAAAGGAUUGACGGUAGAAUUCUUAUGCGUCUUUGGAAUUUCAUCGGCCGUGCCCGGACUCGACAUUGGAGAGCAAGUGGCCUGCUUUCACGAUGGCUUCACAAUCAUGACAUACCAAGGCCUGGGAGGACAGGUAUACUGGUUCAUUGUUCAAAAGCUUGACCGGAAAUACACAUACCCCUAUCACCCGUCUUUCUCCAAACAGGACGCUGUCGAUGUGUGUGAGCGACUGGGAAAUGUCUGGCUUCGCGAUACGGUGCACUUCCGCCACGUCUGGGCGAACCGGGAAACGUUUGCCGUGACUCCAUUGGAGGAAGGCAUAGUCCGUCCCUGGCACUCCGGUCGAAUGGUCUGCAUUGGCGAUAGCAUACACAAGAUGACCCCCAACCUCGGACAGGGCGCCAACCUUGCCAUCGAAGAUGCAGCCGAGCUAGCCAACUUCCUUCACGCCAUGACCAACAAAAUGGGAUCCGCCAAACCAUCACGACAGCACUUGCACGACAUCCUCCAUGCGUACCAGACAAAGCAUGUGAAAAGAGUGUCACAUGUUUGUUACCUCUCGGCGUACCUGGCGCGAUUGCAUUCCCGUCAGGGACUCAUACAUAUCAUCAUGGGCCGCUACCUUCCGCCGAUUCUCAAGGAUAUCCCGGCUGACUUGAUUUCGAAUGUGGUUCACGACGCGGUGACGCUUAGUUAUCUCCCCAAUCCAGGGCGGGAGGCAACUGGAUGGAGCAUGCUGAGGAAUCUUAAAAUAGCUGGGCUGGUUCUGACGGUUGCGGUAGCCUUUUUGCUAACUGCAAUGGUGCUACAUCAUUUCAUCUGA